UAACACUAAAAUGAGCACUUACCAAAAACACCCUCAUCAAAACACAAUCCCGUUGAAUCUUGUCAAGGACAAAACCGUCAUUUGACCCCUCACCCUCACUCCAAAUCCCGCCAACUAACUCGUUUGUGGGGGUGUGGAUGUGUGUAACAGAAAAAAAGAAAACAUGAAGCUAUCUUCUCCUUCAACACAACACAUUCCUCUGUUCAACACAAAUCUACACUUUACUACCCUCAUCAAACCCUCAUUUUCACAUUCGCCCCUCCAUUUUCCUUCCUUACCUGCUCUAGAAUCUUCUCCGUCAUCAACAUCCUCCGCCGCCGUAUCGUCUCCGGCGCCGGUAGCCCGAGAUGAUACAGAUCCAGAGGAAUACGAAGAUUCCAGAAGGAUCGAUGAACUGCUUGUUGUUAGAAGGCCGGUGAUGGAAGAUGGCGGUGAGGAUGAUGAUGACGUGGAAGUGGAUGGAGGUUCCACGUCAUCGGCAAUUGAUGAUGAGCUGUCGAAGUUUGCGAAGAAGAUGCCGAUAUUCGAGCCGAUGAGAGUCGGUGGUGGUUCGGGGGAGAAAGAGAAACCUUUGGUGGUUAAUUUGGAUUUGGCAUUGUAUAAAGCUAAAGUUUUGGCUAGGAAUUUUAGGUAUAAGGAAGCUGAAGAAGUUCUUCAAAAGUGCAUAGCUUAUUGGCCUGAGGACGGGAGGUCAUAUGUGGCGCUAGGAAAGAUAUUGGGUAAGCAAUCAAAGGCAAAUGAAGCAAGGGCAGUGUAUGAGAAAGGUUGCCAGGCAACACAAGGUGAAAAUGCCUAUAUUUGGCAGUGCUGGGCUGUUCUGGAAAACAGAAUGGGGAAUAUAAGAAAGGCUAGGCAGUUAUUUGAUGCUGCAACAGUUGCCGACAAGAAACACGUUGCAGCCUGGCAUGGAUGGGCGGUUUUGGAGCUUAAAGUUGGAAAUGUGAAGAAAGCUAGGGCUCUUCUUAGUAAAGGUUUAAAGAAUUGUGGUGGAAAUGAGUACAUAUACCAAACACUUGCAAUGCUUGAAGCCAAAGCCAACCGAAAUGAGCAAGCUCGAUACUUGUUCAGGCAGGCUACUAAAUGUAAUCCUAAAAGUUGUGCCAGUUGGCUUGCAUGGGCUCAACUUGAGGUCCAACAGGAAAAUUAUCGUGUUGCCAGACAGCUUUUUGAGAAAGCUGUUGAAGCUAGUCCAAAAAAUAGAUUUGCAUGGCAUGUAUGGGGAGUUUUUGAAGCUAAUGUUGGAAACAUUGAUCAAGGAAGGAAGCUGCUAAAGAUCGGUCACGCAUUAAAUCCCAGAGAUCCUGUUCUACUUCAAUCACUUGGCUUGUUAGAGUACAAACAUUCAGCUCCAAAUCUUGCUCGAGCUUUGUUCAGAAGAGCUGCAGAGUUGGACCUGAGGCACCAGCCCGUAUGGAUUGCUUGGGGUUGGAUGGAGUGGAAAGAGGGGAACAUAAAAACAGCCAGGGAACUUUAUCAAAGGGCAUUGUCAAUCAAUUCAACUACCGAAAGUGCUGCACGUUGCCUUCAGGCUUGGGGUGUUCUGGAACAGCGAGUAGGCAACUUAUCAGCUGCUAGAAGGCUGUUCAGAUCAUCACUCAAUAUAAACUCUCAAAGCUAUGUAACAUGGAUGACAUGGGCAUCUCUUGAGGAAGAUGAAGGAAAUUCCAUACGUGCUGAAGAAAUCAGAAACCUCUAUUUUCAGCAGCGCACAGAAGUCACUGAUGAUGCUUCAUGGGUGACUGGGGUAUUAGACAUCAUCAUAGAUCCAGCUAUUGAUAGCAUAAAGAAGCUAUUAAAACUCGACCAGGAUUCGAAUAACAAGCCACCAGAUUCAUUAAGUGAAGAGGGAUCGAAUGUUGUUGGCGAAGAAAGUGGAAGUGGAUUCAAUUUAGAUGGUUUUAUUAGGGACAAACUCUCUCUUGAUGCAUCAAAACUGGAUAUUGAUUUAGGAUCGAAGAAAAGCACCUCUUCAAAAAAUGUUUGGCGACCAAGUAAAAAUAGUGUGUCAGUAUAGAUGUUAUUCGAGCCCAAACUGUAGGUAGUAAUACAUUGAAGGCCAUUGUUGUAAAUCUUAAAGCAAGGUGGUCUAAUAUAGAAAGGUAAAAGAGAUACAUUCUUGUAAAGGCAUUUGAAGGGGAAAGGGUAUGGGGGGACUUCGACGUUGCCGAUGCAUCAGGUCAGCACUGAACCGAGCCCCAUCCUGCCCCCCGAUUGACGUUGGAUCGUGGUCAGGGUUCACAAAUUUAUGCUGAUCGUCAACAUUCUUUGUUUA